AUGAGUCGACACAGAAGAUCAUACUGCCUGAAUCACACAGCUACAGUGGUAAAAACCUACCUCCACCGACGUCAAGUGGACAGCCAAUCGAUCUUCCUACAAUCAAACACACGGUGGCUGAUGGGGUUGAAGGUGGCUCAGAGCAUGGCACUGCAGCUACUAGUAAUGGAACGUGUUUUGGAUUACUCGACAAUGAGGAGGAAGAACGGCUUCUCGGUGAUUCGGCAAAGCCUCUGCCAUUCAUCGAUGACUCGUCUCGGUCAAGAGCCGGACGCAGCCCACUGUGAGUUCAAAUUUGUAAUUUCCUGUUUUGAUUUGAAUGGUUUAGCUGCUCUCCGGUAA